AUGAAUUGGGUUGGUGGCAGUCGGAGCAGAAUCAUACUAAAGCAGGAAAGGAGAAAGCAGAAGGAAUACUUUGAAAAGAAGAAACUUAAAUCAAAAAUGAAGCUUCUUGGAGUAUCAUCUCCUAAAAGUUCAGCAGUCAGUUUAGAUCUCCUCAAUCUGUAUGUUGUUAACCAGAUAUCAGUCAAAAAGGACAACACUGAGAAUACAAGGAAGCCAGUCCACAUUGAUAUCACUGAGAAUGUAAAAAUACCUGGUAAGAGGCACAACAUUGAGCUCCCCGUGUCACCACCACGUACGCAGCACUUGUCAAAUUUAGAUGACAUCCAGAACAGGUUACAACAGCAAGUAUUGGACAGCAGAAGGCAGCAUCUCUCAGAGAAAGUAAAAAGCCAUAAGUUACCUCAAGUAACAGAAUUAAGGUAUGCUGACUCUAGUAUGGAACAUGAAGACAACAUAGCAAGAGGUUUUAGUGCAUGUCCAAUGUCCUCUUCGGGUUUUUGGUCCCCUAACUGCUCACAAUUUUCUGAAGAAAAUUACAACACAAACCUCAUGGGUAGCACUUGGGAACAGACCUAUGAAGAGAAGCUGCAAAACCAGACAGGAAAUAAUUUUGCUCAAGACCCUUGGAUUACAAAACCUCCAAGCCACUGUAUUUUCAGGAAGUCUGAUACAGUGCCUCAGGAUCUGUUUAAUCCAUUCCCCAGGCUGGACUAUAUGAAUUCUGCCAGGAAAAAUCCAGUGAUAAUGACCACUAAUGAAUCAGAAAACAGUGAAGGAAUAAAAGAACUGUUGUUUGAUGUUGUGAAAGAAACUGCAGAACUGAAAGCUCCCCAGAAUGGAAGUGACUGUUCCUUUCUGGCACUGUUUGAAGAUACGAGCAAACCAAUCCAGAAUAUUCCUUCCAUGCAGCAUUUUAAUCCUUUUGUUAACCAGAGUAGUGGUGCCAUUUUUACCAUUGAUACUAAUGAUGGAAAUCAAAUGACCAACAGAAAUUAUCAUUAUAAUACCAGAGAGGCUUAUUGUGCAAUCAGUGCAACAAACAAUUCUGUAGACAGACACCUUGAAGGUGUUUUCACAGCUCCAGAACAGCUUUUGUUUAAAAGUAAUGAUGUCUCAAGUGCAAACUAUGAGCAAACCAGUGGACAUCAUAAAACUCACCUGCAGGACUGUUACAAGGGACAGCACUACUUUAUACCCUCUGAAAACAAAGAAAAACCUGCCAACCUUGAAAAAAUUGAGGCAUUUGCUUAUCACCAUGACCAUCAGAUUAAUUUAAAGGAGAAUGUACAGAACCACUUCAGAAAAAAUAGUAAGGAUGAAUCUGUGAAUGAAUCAGCCUGGAGACAGAGACAGCUUUUUGGAUAUGAACAGUUCACAGCAGCACAAGAGAAAGAUUAUAAGCCUGCAGUGAGUUCAAAUCUUCACAAGACAGAGAAGGAUGUGGACUCAUCACUCAGCAGUCAGUCUCCCAGUUACUCUCCAAGGCAGACAGAGAGCUGUUUCAGCUCUAGUCCUGACACAUCUGAAGAAGAAGAGACAGCCAAAAAGAAGGAAUAUCAAAAUGAACAGUCCUUGAAGAUAACUGAUGACAACCUAGUCUCAGCCUCAGCAAGGACAGAGCCCAUCAAAAUCCCUCACACCAGAACCUUGCCUCUCCAGCCCUGCAAUAUUUUGACUGGAGAAGAAGCAACCCAUACUGAGGAGAAAGGCUCUAUUUUAUGUGCCACUGAAGAAGAAAAUGAAAAGCAAAGUGCCCCAACUGAGGGCAACUCGUCACACCAAGCCCUUAUAAGAGGGCGCAUCACUGGCAGUACCAGGUGUGAUGGUUGGUCGCAGACGGAGAGCUCUGUUUUAGAAGUAGAAAAGGUGGAUGUUGCCACCCAGUGUGAGAGUCUUCAGCUCUGCAGCUGUGGGAGCUCCCUCCCCUCUGCCCGCAGCCCGGGUCGGGUCCCUCCUCCCGGCACCUCGGGCACCGCUGGAGGGCAGGAAAUGGCAGCGGCUGAGGAUCAGCAGCCGGCAGGCACGGGCAGCGCAGCGGGACCAGCUGUGCUUCCUCCUGAAGCUGAGUAUCUGAGUUUGGCUGGCAGGACUCUCCAGGUGCUGAGCUACAUUGAUAAAAUGAAGGAGAGACAAGCAGUGACCAAGUAG